AUACAUACACACUCUCUCUUGUACGUACGUGUAAUAAUAUUAACACCCAAAUUUAAUUUUGCUGAUUCAUGCAUCUGCAUUCUUGUCAGAAUAUGGAAGAGACAACUCAAAUUAUUCAGUACUUUGAGGGCAAGACUAUUUUCAUUACCGGUGCCACUGGCUUUCUAGCAAAGGUAUUCUCUGAGAAGAUACUUAGACUCCAACCGAAUGUAAAGAAAUUAUUUCUUCUAAUUAGGCCAACGGCUAAACAGUCGAUUGAACAACGAUUACAUGAAGAGGUUGUGAAUACGGAGCUAUUUGGAGUUCUAAGAGAAGAGUUGGGAGAUGAAGAAUUCGACUCCACUAUACGGUCGAAAGUUGUUCCGGUGUCGGGCGAUGUGUCUCUUCAGAAUUUAGGGAUUGUUGACUCUCAAUUUAGACAAGAUUUGUGGCACCAAAUUGACAUUAUUGUUAACUCAGCUGCAACAACCAAGUUUGAUGAGAGAUACGACGUAGCAUUUGGAAUCAAUGCUUUGGGAGCCAUGCAUGUUCAACAUUUUGCCAGAAAAUGUUCUAAAUUACAGAUGCUUCUUCAAGUCUCCACGGCUUACGUGCACGGCACAACGGUGGGACUGAUACCAGAGAAGCCACUCCACAUGGGUGAGACACUUGCGGGAGCUAAAAUUACGCAUUUAGACAUCGACUCCGAGAAGAAGAUAAUUAACGAAACACUAACACGACUUCGUGCUCAGAAGCACACGGAGAAGGAAAUCAACAUAGCCAUGAAGAAUUUGGGCAUCGAAAGAGCAAUGUUGCAUGGGUGGCCAAACACGUACGUGUUUACGAAGGCAAUCGGAGAGAUGCUGUUGGAGGGGUUCAAGGAAAAGGGCAAUGUCGUAAUUAUACGUCCAACGAUUAUCACGAGUACUUACAGUGAGCCUUUCCCCGGUUGGACUGAGGGUCUCAGAACUUUGGAUAGCAUCUUUGUUGCUUAUGGUAAAGGCAAUUUGAAAUUCUUCCUAGGUGAUCCGGAGUCAACGCCUGACUUGAUACCAGGUGACAUGGUGGUAAACUGCAUGGUGGCGGCGAUAGCAUUGUCCCGUUCAAUAGACGAAACAAAACACGAUUUAUAUAUAUACCACGUCGGCUCGUCGAGGCAGAAUCCGGUGAAAUAUUCGGAGGUGAAGUGGCUGAUGCAUCGCUAUUUAACCGAAAACCCGCUUUUCGAUAGCAGUACUGGGAAACCUAUUAGGGUUGGUCAACCCAUUACUUUGAAUAGCAUGUCCAGCUUCCACAACUAUAUUUCAACCCAUUACUUGCCAUUCCUCAAGAUAUUGAAAAUAAUAAACAUGAUGUCAUGCAACCAUUUGGAAAGCAUUUAUAGCAAGGCGAGACGAAGCGUCGACAGCGCGCUGCGUCUAGCUGAGCUUUACAAGCCUUACUUGUUCUUCCAAGGAAUAUUCGAUGAUGUUAAUACUGAAAAUCUGCGAAAGUUAAUAAGAGGAAGAAGCGAAAAAUUGAAAGAGGAGGAUGUGCUUAAUUUUGAUCCCAAAUGUAUUCAGUGGGACGACUAUUUUCUCAAUACUCAUUUCCGUGGCAUCGCCAAAUAUGUGUUGAAAAAGUGAUACAUAUAUGUUAUUUAUUAUUAUUAUGUAGUAAAAUAUUUAAUGUGUGUGUGUUCAAUUACUCUUGUAUUAUUAUUGUUCCAUUUAUUAAUGUUAUUCAUUAUAAAUUCACGAUAC